CUUAUUUUGACAACUAACUCCACCAUAUUGGCUUUAUCACUACAAACUUUCUCCGUACAAAGGUUGCUUCUGCCCCCCCGAGAAACUAAAAAUCAGGCUGAUAGCUAGCCCAAGCUUAAAGGCACGUGACCUGCUUUAUCUGUGGCAGCAGCACACUGCCAGCGCAGCAGAAAUUGCUGCAGUAGUGGUAAUGCUAUAAGAUAAUUCGUCCAUGUUGUAGCAAACACCGAUAUUGUCUCUGUUGCCGCGUUGCUGCUGCUGCUUUCACCGCCAUCGCAAACAUUCGACGGCAGCAGCUGUAAGCCAAUCCUCAGUGAGGCCACACAGUAAGCGUACUGGUUCCCGGACGGUCUCCAUUCUGCAAUCCCGGUGUGGAGACUCCCCACGACCAACCUCAACCCCCCGGACAGGCCAUCUGUUCGCCUUGCGCCCGCGCUCAUCGUGAACGUUCUCACCGAGACGCACUUUCAAAUCUCGCCAAGCCAACCUGCGUGCGCGCCCGAGCAUCGCAGAUACAUUACAUGCCAUGAGCACCCAACCCCUUACAACAAAUGGCGCAGAUGCUACUGCUGCUGAAGAGGCCCAAAUCAGGGAUGCCAUGAAGCGCCUCAAGCUCCUCCAUAUCAAGGCUCGCUUGCUCCGCGAUACCAUUCCUAGGAUGUUGGAUCCGCUGGUGCAAAAGCAAGCUUCACCGGAGCUCCUCUACGCCGCUUUUAUGAAAGCCGUCAAUGAAGCACAACUCAAUGUUAAGGAAUUCACCGAGCUGAUGCAGGACGAUACCAGCAGGGAAGUGUUCGCCAUGGCUGACAAGAGCCGCGAAGAGAACCCAUUCGGCAUUCGCCCAUGGAAGCACAAGGACCACCCCAACUGGUUUAACCUCGAAAAGGAUGAUGAAGAUUAGGUCCUCUGCCGUCUACUCUUGCAUCUUCAUCUCUUUCGCAUUCUCUGUACAUUUAGGUAAAAGGCUGCAUUCGGCGUUUCUUCUAUUGUCCAUAUACGGCGCAAUCGGUGUUCAAAAUACCAGGUUCUUUUGAUACAGUCAUAAUUCACUUCUAUAUUUUAUUAUAUUUUACAGUUUUUAAAUCAUGUUUUAUUUCGUAUCUUGGUGAUGGAUUGUCGCAUGAGAUGCUGUACGACACACCACAAUAACCACAGACAAGGUGGCAGAAAGUCGC